CUCGUAUAUAUUUCUGUGUUUUAGCUUAUAGGUCCUCUCUGAACUCUGAAGCAAAGCUAGCUACAUGGACGAGUCGUGGAGAAUGCGGAUGGGCAUGCCCAGUCGCCCGCGGCGCCGCUCCAUGGAAGACGCGUCGGCCGGCCCCACGAGGCGUUCCAUGGAGGCCCUCGACCCCGAAGACUUCGCAGACGUUUUCGGUGGCCCGCCCCGCAGCGUUUUGUCUCGUAAAUUUUCUGGCGACUUCACUAGAUCAUCUACUUCUUUUUACGAAGAGAUUUUCCGCCAGCCGGAAGUUGUUGGUUCAGUAGAGAAGAAGGGCGGUGGUCGGAGCUUGCCGGCUUUCAGGAUUCCAGCCAAGGGUGAAGGAUUUUACAGUGAUGUUUUCGGUUGGGAGGACGGACGAAGGUCAAGGGACCGAUCGAGGCCCAACUCCAAGGCUAAAUCAAAGUCGAACUCCUCUUCAGUGCUUAGCUCAGAGGAGCUGAGCCCUCAUCGACCUCCAGUGACCGGCGAUGAUGUGGCAUUGUCUUCUUUUGCUUUGAAGCUCAGGCCAAUCAAUGUGCCAUGUAGGUGGAACUCCACCACAAUGAGACCUGAAGAACAAGCAAGCAAAGAAGAGAUGCCAUCUUUUCCAAUUCCUGCCUACGCCGAUUAUUGCAUGGAAAAUGAAUACAAUGACAAUUUCAGAAGCUCCUAUAUCAAAGUUUCACGGCAGUUGUCAUCCCCAGAAACUAUUAGUCUCGAACCCAAUUCAUAUCGAAGCAUCAAAGUAUCUGUGGAUGAUUUGGACCUCAACUCCCCUUCAUCUCCUGUCUCUUCACUUUGUCAAGAACAAGAUGCAAGUGCUGGCAUGAAAUGUAAUUUAAUGCCAGAGGAAGAAAUGGAGCAGGAGGAAGAUGAAGUUAUGAGCUCUUAUGUCAUUGAGAUCAAUUCUGAUCAUAGAGAAGUAGUUAGCGAAGCAAUUUCUAUUGAUGAAGCCAUUGCUUGGGCCAAGGAGAAGUUUCAGGUACAAAAUUUUGACAGACAGCAAAAGAAAGAUCCUUCAGCUGAAGUAGAAGAAAGGCCUAACGCGAAUGAAUUUACAAGACAAGGAAUGGAUGUGCACGGAAUGACGCCAGCUCCUACGGAGGAUGAGCAAAAGAAAUGGAGAAGUGAACCAGAAACAGAACAUUUAGAAAAAGAUAUGGAGCUAGAGCUACUAGAUGAAGAUGUCCGGUUGUGGUCAGCUGGCAAGGAGACUAAUAUUCGUUUGCUGCUUUCAACAUUACAUCAUAUUCUGUGGCCUAACAGUGGUUGGUCUGCGACCUCUCUGACAAGCCUUAUUGAAAGCUCACAUGUAAAGAAGGCCUACCAGAAAGCAAGGUUGUGUCUCCACCCAGACAAAUUGCAACAAAGAGGGGCUACAUUACAACAGAAGUACGUUUCAGAAAAGGCCUUUUCCAUCCUCCAGGAUGCUUGGGCUGCAUUCAUCUCCCAAGAUGUUUUCUUUAACUAGUGGACAGUUCAGGAUCCUUCUGCACACAGUUUUGUGAAGUUUGAAACAAAUGGCAGGCUAGUUGAACUAUUUGAAGAGAAUUCUGUACGUCCAUCUGCUGCCCAACAUGCCCCUCUCUUCCAUCCUAAAUAUGAAGAUGAGAAUGAUAGUAUUGUUGAUAUGAGUUGGUACAAGGGUGUGUGCAAUGUGAUUUUAUUCAAGUCAGCACUCUUCCCCUCCACCUCCACCUCCAGAUGAAAUGUUGUUAAUCAGUCAUUCAUAUUCCACACCUUGACAUAAUAAUUUGUCUUUCUGUAUUGUAUUUUCCAUCGAAUCAAACUUAUAAUGGAUUGUUCAUCUUUCAUCAAGUGCUGAAAUAAAACCAUCAAUAGCUUUUCAA